AGUCACGAGGUAUAAAGCCACUUAAAUGAGUGUGGUACCACGGUGGGAAGAGAUUUGGCUAUUUCUUGUGUGCAGGUGCUGAGUGAGAAGGUAGUUGCAGUUCAUCUGGUGUAAUUUACAUGCUCUGUAAGCUCAGCUCCAUUUUGAAAGGAACGGCUGGAGGGAAAAGUGCUUGUCCAUAGGGGUUGUUUUCCAGAAUGCUUGGAAAACAGGAGAAGUAGGAAAAUAGUUACUGAUUUGCCUCACUUUUGUCUCUCCUUUUACUCUUAAACAGUCUUACAGAAAUUUAAGAAAUUAAAAUCAGCAGUUCUGGCUGGACAAAAUUCUAUAAUAUUGCUGUUAGGUCCUCACCAAAUACUGCAGGAUAACUGCGAUUCCAAAUGUACUCCUGUUCCUAUUCAAUCUCCUUUGCAUUUAGUUGUGAAUUGACUGUAGAUCUGCUUUGUCUGGGAAGUCUGGCUACAGUUUUUAAUGCAAAUAAAACAUCUUUGGUGACUGCAGGAUGUCUUGUUUACUUAGGCCUCCGCAUAAGAGUUGCUCAAGUCUCUUGGAACUGGAAGAUGUAAAACUUAGAUCCCAGAUUAAUAAGGUUAAAUUAGUAAAAUUCUAAUUGUGAGUUUGGAAAGUUAAACCCAUGAAUCCUCAUGUGAUCACUUUUCUCUACGUGCUUGUGUUAGGGGAGGGCAGGACUGCAGUGCCAGUGUGCUAUUCGGCAGCCUCUGCUGCUGUCCUCGUGUUGCCGCCUUGCACAGCUGGAUAGGAAAGCCUUCUAGGGGAUGGAUUCCUGAGUUAACAUGAUUCUGUGGAACAAAAUAGGCUUUAAAAGCGGCUGGUACACGACUAUUGCAUCCUUUGCUUUCAUAGAGUGCCUCUACUAGAAGACUGUAUUUCCAUGGGAGCAAAUAGUAGUGGUAACACCAGUCUCUAUUUUGGAGGUAGGAACUUGCUUUCCUACGGUGGCAACGGCAAGGCAGGGAGUCUGCUCUUAAGAGCUGAAAGGGAGAUGGCGAUUGCUUCUCAUCUGUAGCUUUUGCUCGCUCCUGAGCACAGUAGAUGAUGCGUGAUUCCGCAUUCUCCUUGAGAAAUAUAGUCACAAUGUUGGUCUUUAUGCAACAGUAAAAGUCACAGGUCUGCCAUUACUGUGAGACCAAGGGGAGAAUCGGUCUGUACUUUUGCCUUUUAAGGAGGUAGCCUGUGUGGACUGUGUUUCAUUUUACCUGUGGUUCUCACCCCUAAAGGUUUUCAGGCAUUACCUCUGUAUUGCUUUAAUGCUUCUCUUUACAGUAACAAGAAUCGCCUCUUCUGGUUCUACUGGCAGGCAAAGACUGUGCUUUAAACUGUGCAGAGAGGUACACACCUGGCUGGAGGCGCUCUCUUUGAAGGCUAUGAAUAGAAAGCUUUUCAUAACGCUGCUCGGUACGCUGUCAUUCUGCCUAUGAAUAUUUCAGUUGUGAACUGCAAAAAAACAGUUCAGCAUCACUUCUCCAAGAGCUGGUAGCUGUCAGGAUUUUGCCGGGAGAGUAGGGCUGCGUCAUGGUAGCUGUGGGUUUUUACUCGCCUUUUCCUACUGUUCUGCUCUUGCUGCUGACGGUCGCUGUUAGCCGUUCCUUGGGAUUGAAGUGCAAAGAACAUGAAUAUCGUUCCGGUGAAAAAUGCUGCAAGUACUGCGCCCCAGGCGAAAGAAUGAGGAACCGCUGCACUGCAACUACAGACACAGUUUGUGCCCCCUGCCAAGAUGAAUACUUCAGUAGUGAGCACAACCACAGCUUCUGCAAGAGCUGUACAAUCUGCAACACUUGGAAGGGGAGCAGGGAAGUGAAGAAGUGUGAGAAGACGUCUGACAGAAUUUGCAGUUGUGUUCCAGGUUACAUGCCAGAAGAAGGAUACGCACUGGGAAGCGUAUGUUCACCAUGUCCUGAAGGGUUUUAUUCCAUGGGAGGAAAUGAGAACUGUCGACCUUGGACCAACUGCAGCGUUCUUGGCAAAACUACUCUUCAACCAGGGACAAAAACAAGUGAUGCUUUUUGCAGCAACCAUGUCACCCAGCCAGCAACCCCUCAGAGUGCAACCCCUGCUUUGAAUCUUUCCACCACUGACCGCAAGAAUAACACAGCGACUGCAUUGUUCUCACCAUCCAGACCUAGUGUGAUUCCUUCCCCUUGCCUGGAUAAGAACACUCCCACAGAGACUAACUGGGGGUCUUUAUCACUCAUUCUUAUUUGUCUGAUAUUGCUCAUGGUGAGUGGAAUGUCAAUCCUCCUGCUGAUUAUCCAAGCAGCCAAAAAAGAGACCAAGAGGAAAAACAACAAUCACGGAGAAAGGAGCUUUCGAAUUCCUGUCCAGGAAGAACAAAUUGACUCCAAUUCUAGUCUCAUCAAAAACUGACUGCACGUUAUGUUAUGGUUUCCUGCAUUUCUGAGCCGAUCAAUUGUAACGAGUAAUGUGAUGGGACAUUGUGUGGCUAUACGUGUGGGAGUGUGUAACUCUUCAAUUGCCCUUGGGUUCCUCUGGAUCUUGUUGAGUGGGCCCUUUCUCGUUAGGACCCAUGGGAGUAGCUGGUUUUGGUGGAAUCAUGCGAUUCCUUCCCUUGAGCUGAUAAUCCUCUGUGCAUUUCUAGCCAAUUCUCUGUGUAGUGAUAGGAAAUUGUCUUUGGAUUGAAGAAAGUGUUAAUGAAGCUGUAAGAGCUCAUCAUUGAGCAGACAGAAAACCAGGGAAAUCAAAAGACCUGCUUUACAGCCUUCUGGGAUGCUAGGCAGAGUGCCUCUCUCUUUUCAGUGUUUCAGUCUAGUUCCCAAAUGAAUUAUCCUCACUUUAGGUGUGGCGAAUCUCCCUUGCUGAACCUAGCCAGCUUCUUUUGUGCUUCCAUUUUUACAAGUUAUUUCUUCUUGGUCAAAUGUCAUAUGUCAGAUGUGCCUCCAAAGAGAAUUGUGAGUGCUAGAAAAUAGCCUUUGCUGUAAUUUAAAUACCUCAGUGUAAAAUUUCAAGAAGAGAUGAACUUGGAAGUUAGAUGAGGUGUUUUUCUCAUCAAAUAUAACUCCUUAGUAGGUAACUCAUUAGACAGGUAUUUUAUAUACACAGUACCAAAGCGUAUACCAAAAUAUGCAACAGGAAAUGUAUUAAAGAAUACAGAUGGUGUUUAGAAACAUGUUUUUAAACAUAAGUUUUCUUAUAUGUUAUACAUAUGGUGUACUUAGCAAUAUUUUCCUAUUUUGAAGUACAUAUACAAUGUAUACAAACAUUUGUGUUAUAUACGAAGUGUGAUAGUGACUUUUUGAAAUAAAUUAUAGUGACAGCUAGACACACAUGUAUGAUGUGUAUAAUUGGAGAGUACAAAUGAGUGAAAAGUUAUUCAAGUGUGUGUAACUCUCACAGAAAGCAGGAUCACCAGAUGGUCAGCCCUACGGCUUAGCAGGCUUUGAGUUCUCCUGCUGCCUCGUUCCUAGUUUUCUGUGGCUUAGCAGGCUUUGGGUUCUCCUGCUGCCUUGCCCCUGGCUUUCUGUGCCACUUGGGAAGGCGGUGCGUAGUGGUUCUCUCUGUAAAGCUGGCUUGGCAGCAGCGCUGACCUGACGGCUGCUGGGACCUUCAAAAUAGCAAGGCUCAGCUCCUUCAAAAACACAGAGCCCAUGUUGUGAAGGCAGAGGUCUUGGAGAGCAUGCUGUGACCUAAAUUGUGUCAUCUUGAAGGCAUUCCAGGGAAUGAGCACCCAACGAGUUCUUGGAAAUGAUGCUUAUCAGGUUCGUAGGCUGCGCUUCAGGAGCACACAAGCCUGUGACUGUAAGUGAGGAGGUGCAGAUAACUAAUGAGCUCUCUGAGGUUGUGGGUUAUCUGACAAAACCCCAGCCCGCAGGAGCAGAUGAGCUGUGGGCUUGACAGAAGUGCUGCUGUGGCAGCACAGCUCCUCUGUGGUGCGGGCUCAUCACCUCUUUCCACGAAUUCUACUUGUUUUCUGCCCUCUGGCUACCUGCACAGGAAAACGCCAGCGUACACUGUGUUCUUACGCUUCCUACAGCUUCCCGGUCAGGAGAUUUCCUGCAAAUUAGGGCAUGGGUUCCCUCUGGCUGAGGAAGAAACCAAUCCUGGCCCUGCAAGUGCGUGGGGAGCUGAGGACAACUUGCAUUUGCUCCCCAGCAUCUGAGAAACUACAGACAGACAAUUCAGCGUGCUGUGUGGCUGAAGGCCGCCUGCAAGAGCAAACCCUGGGCGGCUGUAAUUGUUGGGUGUUGUGGUAGGGAAUACCUGUGAGCAGGUCCGUGCUGCUGUAGAGCUGUAUCCACUGCCGUACUGGGAUGUAUAAUCCUAUCAGCAGAGUUAGACCAUAAUAACAUUUGUUAGGAUUGGAGGCAUUUAUGAUUUGAUUUCUUUGAGGGUUUACGUGUUGGUAGAUUGCCAGUUUAAAUAAACGAAUAUAGAUAUUUCACUCUUAAUAAAGGAACAACUGUUUUUUUUAAGUGCCAUGUUCAGUCUCGUCACUCUUUGGUGAAAAGCUCGCAUGGAUUUUUUGUUCCAAUCCUCAGAAGUAGCAGAAAGUAGAUAAAAAUAGGUAAGACAAUCAUGAACAAAUUGGCACUGACUUCUGCCCACGCUUGUCUUCCUACGUGCCAGAAAUGAAACUUUCCCUUCUCAAAGGUCCGGGUCUGUGUCACAGAGUAAGUUCCUGUUUUUCAGUCACUCAGAUUUCCCCUUUUUCAGACACUUGAGAUGCUGAGUUGUGCAGCUUCAUCUGAGCUGAUAAAGGUAGGGCUGGACAGGAAAUUUUUUCCAGUGGAGAGCAGAAAGCUGAGGUGUCGAAUUUUCUUUUACUCCACAACCCAGUGCUAACUCUGGUUUUGGUGUGAACCUGGUAAACCUGUACGAUUUGUUAAUUCGAUGCAUCUUGGUUGCCGUAGAGCCACGAUUCAGGAAGCCACUUGAGCACGUGCAAAACCAUCUGCAUGAAUAUUGCUGCUAAAAUUUGGCUUCUUGGUUUAAGAAUCCUCUGGAAAAACUGAUUAAUAAUUCCAGUAUUUUGUAUUUCUGGAUGAGAAUAAUGCCAUUUUUCCUUAAUUUAACUUUUUUUCCCCAGCACUAGCUGUGAGUUUCGGACCCCGUGGCCUGCCCCUUACGCUGUUUGUAAUGAGCUGCAGUCCAAGGUUAGGUCAAGUUACUACAAAGAAAUAGGAAGAAAACCACCCAAUAAAAACAACUCGGCUUGUCUUUGCGAUUUCUACCUGCGAUAUUUCUUUCUCUCUUACCUGCAAGUCUAUCACACGUGGCUGCCAAGGGUAUCAACAAAUCUAUUUGUGUAAAUUGGAGAUUUGUUUUGCUUUCAGUUUUAGAACAAGAACAGAUGGCACUGAGGAGCCACAUGGGAAAAAAUAUAUAAAAGCGCUGGAUUUGCCAUUC